AUGCCUACUUAUCGCAUUGAAGUAGCGCCAAGCAACCGUGCUGGUUGCAAAAACAAAGAAUGCCAGGACCAGAAGAUCAAGAUCACCAAGGGUGAGAUCCGGUUCGGCACCUGGGUCGAGACCGAGCAGUUCCAAAGCUGGAACUGGCGCCACUGGGGCUGUACUACUCCCCUCGUCCUCUCUCACCUCGUCAAGGCUGUCUUUGAGAAGGACAACUUGACUGGUGACGAGAACUUUGACAAAGUCGACGGCUACGAGGAACUCCCCGAGGUCUACCAGGAGACCGUCCGCGCCGCCCUCAUCCAGGGCCAUGUCGAUGAUGAUGCCUGGAAGGGUGACCCUGAGUGCAAUCGCCCUGGUAUGCGUGGCUUCCGUGUCGCCAAGAAGAAGGCGGCUGCUAAGAAGGCUGCGACUGAUGACGAGGCCGAGGAGACCAAGCCUGAGGCCACCAAGGAGGCCAAUGAUGAGCCCAAGAAGGAUGGUGCCACCAAAGACGAAGGUGCCAAGCCUGCAAAGGAGGUGAAGAAGGCUUCUCGUGCCAAGAACAAGGCCGCCGAUGAGAAAGCCACCAAGAAGGCUGGUGACAAGGUCGAUGUCAAGGCUGAUGAGAACGGCACCCAGGAGGAACAGAAGCCCGCCAAAGCUAAGAGAGCUUCUCGUGCCAAUAAGGCCGCGACUGAUGUCGCCGCUGAGAAGAAGACUGCUGAGCCUGCCACCAAGGCGAAGCGGACUAGUCCUCGUGGUAAGGCCGCUACUAAGCAGGCCGCCGAUAAGGAGGCCACAGACGCUGAGACUCAGCCUGCCAAGCGUCGUGGUCGUCCUGCCAAAUCUGCCGCUGCCGCUGAGACAUCGACCAAGCCUGCUGCAAAUGGCACCAAACGCAAAGGCUCGGAUGACAACGAGCAGGAUGAGACUGCUCAGAAGCCCAAGCGCACCCGCAAGAACGCUCCGGCUGCUGAGAAGAAGACUGAGGAAGCCGCUCCCGAGAAGCCCAAGCGUGGCCGCAAGACGGCUGCAGUCGCGGAGGAGACCGAGGCUCAGGAGGCUGCCCCUGAGAAGCCCAAGCGGGGCCGCAAGAAGGCCACCAAGGAGUAA